AUGCAGAACGCCGGUCACAUUGCCCAAAAUCUUCGGCCAGCUAGUUAUCAUGCCUUGACUGAUACGUCAUCUUACCACGUUCUGGCCAUUGACUACCGCGGCUUCGGCCAUUCCACUGGCGUGCCCGACGAAAAGGGCCUGAUACUAGAUGCCGCUGCGGUGGUCGACUGGGCAAUCAACGUGGCAAACAUUCCCCCGAAUCGGAUCGUUCUGCUCGGCCACAGCCUCGGAACCGCGGUUGUCAGUGGUGUCGCCGAACGGUAUGCCCUUCAGGGGGUUGAAUUUGCGGGUAUCGUGCUGGUUGCCGCCUUCAGCGACUUGGCCACGAUGCUGAGCGGCUAUCGUUUCGGAGGGCUCGUACCCGCCCUUGGGCCAUUCGCCAUCUAUCCCUCGAUCCAUCGUGUUCUCGACAGGGUCCUCGUGGACAAGUGGCACUCGGCCGACAGGCUCGUCAAUAUCGUCCGCCACACCAGAAACAGAUUGAGGAUAAGCUUGGUGCAUGCAAAGAAUGAUAAGGACAUCCCCUGGACGGAGGACAAUAAGAUGUUUCGCGCUGCCGCAAGCGAGACGGUUGGCAUCCUAGAUGAUGAUGAAUUCGACACUUGGAAAGAGUCUUGCACAGUUCGAACCAGCAAUGAUUCCUUUGUGACUACAUGGAAGACAGGCAACGACAUUAUAAUUCGUCAAGAGCUAUUUCCCUACGGCGGACACAAUGAGAUUCUGAAUUUUGCGCCAGUCAGCUUGGCCAUUAUGAGGUCGUUUGAUCUUGAAGGCACUACCUACCAUUGA